AUGAUACAGGCGGAAAGCGUGACCACUUCCCAUCUCAAGGAAGGGGGCGUCAUCGACGUCCAGGAGAUCCUCCAUGGGACCCGGCCCGCGCUUCUGAUCCUGCACAAUGACGGGGAGGAAGACAUUGUCGGCGUCUUCGCUGAUGUCCUGGGACAGCUCUGGGAGUCGGCGGCGUCUUUGGAGGAGGUGAAUAUGGGGCCUGGCUCAAUCAUUUACGGCCUGCCGCACAGUCUGGUUGCACCACAGCUGGACAGCUGGAACCGAACGAGAAUGCUGAUCAACACGCACUGUGUUGAUGGCCCGCACCCGCGAAACGACGCCCUCACAGAGCGUUGUGACUACGAAUACCUAUACACCAGAUCACCCUUCUUCAGGAGGGACGUUGCGCGAUUCCUUUCCUUGAUCCUCGGCCAGAUCAGUCCUCAUCGAGAUCUAACGAAGAAAGCGCGCACCACGCUGAUUUCGACCACCUUCCCCGAUGUCCACGCCGCGCUACCGAACCUCGAUAUCCUGUCUGUGGGCGCAGACGCUAUAGAGAUACGUGUGGAUCUGUUAGAGGAGCCUUUACCAGACGGUAGCUUCAGCAAGGUCCCUAGCCUAAAGUAUGUGGGGGAGCAAGUAAUGCUGUUGCGUCAGCGGACGGAGCUACCCAUAAUAUAUACUACGAGGUGUACAAACGAGAACGGCCGGUUUCCCAUGGACGAUCCAAUGCUCUUCUACAAAUACUUAUCGCGAGCAAUACAGUGGGGUUGCGAGUACAUCGAUGUGGAGCUGUGGCUGCCGGAAGAGAUCCGGCGGAAACUAGCGGAGACGAAGGGAUGCAGCAAGAUCAUAUCCGCCUUCCACGACUUUUCGGGAACGUUCAAGUGGACAGCACCGGAGACACAGACGCUUUUUGAGCGCGGGGCGGUGUACGGCGACGUGGUUAAGAUGUACGUGCUGGUUAAUUCCAUGCAGGAGAACAUCGAGCUCGAGUACUUCCGGUCCACUAUCCAAACGAAGUAUCCACAUCCUCCCUUCUCAGGCCUCAACAUGGGACCCACAGGCCAGCUGUCGAGGACCAUGAACAAGAUAUUUACCCCGAUAACGCACCCGCUUCUUCCCAUGAUCGCUGCCCCCGGCCAAUUAAGCGCUGCCGAGAUUAAUUCAACACUCCACAGCAUGGGCCAAAUGCCCAAACUGGACAUCUACGGCAUCGGCUCCUUCCGGUCGACAUCGCAAGCCAUGUUCUUUGAAAAGUGUUUCAAUGAGCUCGGCCUACCGCAUCAAUUCCUGUUCGCGGAGAGGGCGCCGAAGGCUUCCAUUGAGAACAUAUUGCGGCGUCCCAACUUUGGAGGAGCAUAUAUAAACCCGCCACUGGCCGGGGCGUCUGCACCGUAUCUUCCGACCCUGUCGAACGCCGCGCGCGCGAUUGGGCAGGUCGACACCGUCCUUGUACGAUCGGAGAACGGGCAUCCGACCUACAUUGGGGAAAACGCAACAUGGAAGGGCAUCCGAGCGACACUUACACGUGAUUUUGUACCGUCGGCAUACGGUAGGCGAGCGGCGCUGCUGCUGGCAAGCUCAGAGGCGGAUGCGGCAGCGUCAAUAUUUGCACUGAAGAGCCUGGGCAUCGGGCCAAUAUACACUAUCGGUUUCAGGGCGCAUGGUUCUUUGUCUGCGGAAGUGGAACCGGUGCGGUCCGUGGAGGAUGUGAAGCGGCUGGAGCAGCCCUUUGUCAUUAUCUCAGCACUUCCUGCAGAGAAGUCACUGCUGGUGGUGCCCCUGCUGAAGCACUACAGGGUAGAUGGGAGGAAUGGCAACAGCAACGGCCACGGCCACGGCCACGGCCAGGGAGUCGCAGGAGGAAGGUCUGCAGGUAAAGUAUUCGUUGACUUGGCUAGCGGAGCCCGCAAAGCGGACCCGUUAGCAAUCGCUACGUCAGCCGGCUGGACCGCAUAUGGAAUUGCGGAUGUCUCUGCCUGGACGACAGUGGAGACGAUCCGGCUGCUGGUUGGGCAGAACGUGUGUUACGAUUUUGUGCGGCUGGCAUCUGGGAGGGGCGGACUGUUUUAG